AUGGAGUGGGCGGCAUUCAACGAGAACGAUGAUUCGCAGCGUCGCGAACGCAAUCGGCAUCAUCAUCUUCGCGAGGGAGACUUUGACGACGAAAACGAACAAAACCAAAAGCAAGGAUUGAUUCGAGGAGAAAAUGAGAACAACAACGACGCGGAAACGCAAAAACGGAAACGAAGAACGGCGGAAGCCGAGGAAACGCGAAUCGCCGGGUCGUACGAAACCGCGAUCCGAUUGUUGGCAGAAGAGGAAGAAGAAGACAACAACAACGAAGAAGGAGGAGAGAAUGUAAUACUAAAGGAAGAAGCGAAAAGAGAAGAGGCGAAGCAGAUUCUACUCGCCGUGGUCAAUCACGAGAUGAUGCGCGAAAACGACGAGCUGACGCCGACGUUGUGUUCUGUGAAGAAGUUAGCGCUGAGGAACCUCGGAAACUUGUUCGCGAAAGAGUGCGGCGAGUUCGAGUUCGAGGAGGAGGAGUUCGAGGGAAGCGAAGACGACAAGGACGAUUCAGACGACGACGGAGGAGAAAAGCAGCGGCGAGAAAAAUUAAGUUCAAAAUCGUCUGUUUCUUCCCAGAGUUAUAGCUUUGAACAAGCGAUUCGGUGUUACUCGGAAGCGGUAAGAAUGGACCGAGAAGACGUGGCGAGUUGGUUACGCAUGGGCGAGUUGAGCGCGAAGAGAGGCGACGUGGCGUUGGCGAGGAUGGCAUUUGAGAGCGGGUUGUUAGCGCAGCCGACGCACGCGUUGCUUUUGAACGAGUUGUGCGAAGUGUGCGUUUUGGUCGGUGACGAAGCGUCGGCGACGUUUUUAGCCGCGAGGAUUUUGAAUUCAGACAGGAGGAACGAGCGAAUGAAGGAGAUUCAAACGAACUUUGCAAACGCGAAACCGAAAGAGCGGUUGGGUAAAGCGCGAGAGAGAUUUGAACGCGUAAAUGCGAGGAAAGACAUCUCUGCGAAAGGGACGAAAUGCGCGCUUACGCUCGAACGCAUGGCGUGGGAUGAUGUCGCCUCGUCGAUACUCGGCGCGGUAAAAGUCAAGGUUGAGUCGGAGGAGAGCGCGAUACGGGCCAAGGACGACGACGACGAUGAAGAAGAGGACGACGACGAAGACGACGACGAAAAAGGCGUUGCCGCACCGUCGACACCGCCAGAGUCAUCGACACCGACGAGAGUAUCCACGCCUUCGAGGAAAGGAACGUCUUCUGCUGCAAGAUCAGCCGGAUUAGGCGUGCCUGUCGAGUUUGUCACGAGUGAUACCAUUACCGAGGGAGUAAACAAGAACAAGAACAAGAAACAAAAAGUGACGACGAAAGAAAAAACGCCGACGUUGACGACUAUUGCUGAAGACGAAACGCAAACGACGACGACGACGACGACGACGACAGCGAUGAAAGAAUCCGAGGCGAACGUUGCGUCCCCACUUCCGCCGCCGUCGUCGAAAUGGAAAGGCCCGCAAUCGAAAAUCGCCGAGAAGCUUUUCCUAUCGCUCGUGAAGAAAAAGGUGAAAUUGAGUGCCUCGGAUAUGGAGACUUUGAAAGCUGCGAACGAUCGAUUAACGACCGCGCACGAGAACAAAAACAAUUUAGAUUCCUUGAAAAAGGAUCGUCACAGCGGCAAGCGCGUUUCUGUUCUCGCGUCGGCUAAGGAACGCGCGCAAGUGUCCUCGUACGUGAAUGCGAUAAACGCGAAGAAUGGCGGCAUCGCCGACUGCGCGUGGAAGCUUAUACUUGCGGCCGCCUUGCGAUGGCGUCCGGAUGUAAAGGACGAUACUGCGGUAGACGCUCUAAAUAUCUUGAAAUUAGCGGAAGUUUUUGGCGUGGAUGGUGUAUCCUCCCGUCCGGAAAUCCGAUUGAGAACGCACUUGAUGUUAGCGGACGCGGCGAUUGAUGUCGUCUCGGAAUGUUUUGAGACAAAUUCGCUCAAAUCGGGCGCAGAAACGUCCAAGCGAUGGGCGCUGCUCGCUAAAAAACAUGUCCAACGCGCGCACGAAAUUUCCUCUGACGAGGAAGGUAAGAACGAGAGAUGGGGCGAGAUUCACUUCGUGGAGUAUAAAUUAUCUGUAGCUUUGGGAUUAGGUAAAGCGGCGAGAGAGCAUUUAGACGCCAGUCGCGAGUGUUGCCCGAAAUCUGAAAGCAAAAAAGACCAACGAGGACUUCGAAGCGCUCCUCCUUCUAAAAAGAGCACAUUCGACGACGAUUCCUGGAUACUCGAUAAAGCUCCCGAACGGUUCACCCGAACGGCGUGUGAUGCCGCGGUUCGGCUCACCUCUUUGCGCGAAACUGUCACCGGCGCCGCGGCGCGUUUCGCCAUGGGUGAAACGAAAGAACUCGUCUUUGAACUCUCGCCGGUGUUGAUCGGCAGAAAACCUUUGCACGUUCCAGAUGGCAUGAAAGAUGCAGAUAAUAGAGACGAUGAUGCGAGCGGAGAAGAAUCUACGAAGAAGACGAAAGCCGUUAGCAAAAAGAGAGCAACGUCGAGAAACAAAAGUAGUUCUAGUCAACAAUACGGAUCGGAAGAUAAUCGGGAAACGUACGUCAUGACCCCUGUGGAACGUGCAUCCGCGCUUAAAGUGCUAUGCGACGCAUCGGUGGCGGAAGGGAACGAUCCGGAAACGCUCAUUCGCGCGCUCUCUGAACUCUUUGACGUAACCGGUGAUCACAUCGCGUUGAGAGCCAUCGCGCAGUGUCUGUGUCGAUUGUGUUCGAACUUUGACGAUUUUUGCGAUGCCACUGCUAUCAGUGAAAAGAACGACGUUCCCGCGACGCCGCGAAAGGCAAGCGGUGGCGCGGCGAGGGAAACUGACCCCAUCGCGAAUAAGAAGGAUGUUUCAGCCGCGACUCUUUCAAAGAGUGAGAUUGAAGUGGCGUUGCGCACAGUUCGCCAACUGAAUUUACAUCCGCUCGCGUGCGUCGCUUUUGAAACCUACGUCGUUAAGGGUGCAACGGAUCCUUCGUUGAAUCUCAACCACCGAGAUGCAUCGAAAUGUCGCGCGAAAGCGAUUGGAGCAGAAUCUGCGGCGCAAUUGAUUGAUGCGUUGCAGAGAAUGGAAGGAUUGCUCGAUGAUUUGGAUGUCAAAAAGAUGUGCGAUGCGAGCGAGCGACUGCACACUUGCAUGGCGGACGCGAGAUGUUGCUGCGGAUCAAAAGCUUUCAACAGUGCUUCAUAUCUUUCGGCAAAAAAGAAGGCUGGUAAUAACGAGGCGCACAAUCACGCUUAUCACGCGUUAGAUUUUGCGUCCGGAAGUUCGUAUCUGCGGCAGCGGUUAGACACGCUGUCGGAAAGAAGAUCGUUGUUGUGUCGAAGCAUAGCCGAAAGCCGAAAAUUGCAAAAGAGAUGGACGCCACCACAAGAAAUGCCGGAUAACGUUCAAGAUGUGAUCACGAUUGCGAGCACGUCUGACGACGACACGAACAAGACCGCGUCCUUGAUGGAAACGGACGAAGAGAAUAAUUUGGACGAGCAAACUACGCCGAAACCUGCGAGUAAACCGCUUCUGUCGGAUGAAGAAACCGGUACACAAACGCAAAGUCAACCGUCUUCGUCUAUGUUUGGAUCCAUCGUUGGUGUGAUAUCGAGAGCCGUCGGAUUGUCUCCUAAACCGCAAGCGGUGCCCGAUGGAGCAGCCGCAGCGGCGGAAAAUGAUACGUCUGCCCCAAGUUCUCUCGAAAAGUCUCAGCAGCUUGAGACCGAAAAACGAGGUAAAAAAGCAGUCACGAAGAAAGCGGCUGCGGCGGCGAAGAAGAAAAAGCAACAACAACAACAGAAGAAGAAACCGCCACCCACGCAAUCUGCGAUGAAGAAGGCCGAAUUGAAGAAAGCGAUGGAUCCGUACGAGAGCAAGAUACGAAAAGAUGUGGAGGAUUUGCACAGACUAGACUCGAUUAUCGCGCAGUGUUUAUGGUGCGCGUACGGCGUGGAUCUUUCAAAAAUCAUCACGCCUUUGGGUUUCACUCUACGAGAUUGUCGCAGGGAAGGCGGCGCGUGCGAGGUGCCAGAAUCGUUCUUGUCUGCAAAAUCGAUGAUGCCAGACUUCUUAGAGGACGAGAACGAGAGAAACCAAGCGAACUACAAGACUUGGACGGCGCAAAGGCAAAGAGCGGCUACGUUGUGGCGCGCGAUAAAACCGUACGUCGAAGAAGCUGUUCGUCUAGAUCAAGAUAGUGAAGAAGACGAUAACAAUAUUCUCGCGUCGAAGCAGGCGAAAAUGCCCGCAGAGACUGUUGAAAAUAUUCGAAGUGCGGUCAGUAUGGUGCGAAGAACGUUCAGAAAGCCGCCAGAGGCUGUUCAAAAAGAAGAUUUGGUUCGUUUGGAUAAGAUCUUCACGGUUUGGCAGAAUCACAACGGUGACUUCCCGGAGUUGACGUCCGCAGAAGCGACGGCUAUAAUGAAUCUCUUGCAACAAAAUUCGCCUCCGUUGUCAAAGAAAGCGCGACUGCAGAGACGGAUGUUCGGUGUCGCGACAAGUAGCAUCGGAGGUCCGGCGACGCCGAUGCCGAGCUUUACCGGCGCGGCGCAUCAACAACGGCAGAAUAAUGGCGAGACAGGUGGUGACGGUUCUGCGAUGAUGGAUAUCGACGAUGAACAAGAUGACCCGCGAAAUCAGGAUGCAGAUAUUUUCGCGGAUUUGUUUUACCUCUCCGCGAAGCUUGAACACCGGAGACUUUCGCAAAGCCUCGAAGUCGUCAACGAUAACUGGAAAUUCUUAUCUUCUUUGUUAAAUUCGAACAGUCCCUCUCAAUGGUCACCCGAAGAACCUCCAUCGGACGAACCUGCGCACGCGACCAUGUCUCGCGAGUACUGCUACUUGUUGAAGUAUGAUUUGUGCUACAAUCCGAAACGCGUCGAUAGUUGGCAAUCUCUGGCGGUGCACUUUGACGCCGUGAAGGAUGUCGUCAUAUCAGACGGCGGGAAGAUGUGUUCUGCGGAAGAAUUCAGAACGAACGACGACGGCAGAGUAAUGGUGCUCAUCCGCUUGCACCAAAGCUGGUUGAGAGCGUGUCUCCACGCUACGAUAGUUCUUCUCGAAGAGAAGAAAAGCGCACUCGAAUCGCAACUCACCAAGGACGCGGUCAUCUCGGAAGGCGAGUUUAAUGCGUCGUCUCAAAAGCUCACCGCAGAAGAGUCAGAGGCGAUUACAUCUCAACUCGAACUCGUAAAGGAUGAGUUAGCGGAGAACUACGAGCGUCAAGGUAUGGCUUUUUACGAGAACUUGCAAAAUUGCCUUCCGUUUUACGAUGGUCGACGCGAAAAAAUCGAAAGGGAGACGUCGGCGUAUCAGCACGCGCUCACGAGGGCGGUCGUGGCGUUCAAGAGAGCCUCAUCGAAUGCGCCGGAAACCUAUUUAUAUGACUUGGAGCUUGCAAAGUGUUACCGGAAGCAAAAAGAGCCGAUAGCUACUGUUUUACAUUCGUUCAAAAUCGCCGUCGACAACGCGCCAGAGUUUCUCGAGCCUUUGUACCAACUCCACGCGGCGCGGUGUCGCUCGUUGUUGACUGUACCACUUGAGUCGAGAGGAAAAGCGACUGAAUCCAAUACACCGGUGAUUAAAGAAGUGAACAAAUAUAGGUUUUUACCGGUAGGUGCCUUAGCUGCGUUGCCACCAGCGCAGCAGAAGACGUGGGCGACGGCUUGGAAAGAUGCGAAUAUGGCCUUGAAGAAAAUAAAGGAGAACAUUCCGCUGUAUCACAAAGUCUGCUACCGCUUGGCGCGAAAUUCGUUGGAACACAACGCUCAGAUUUACGAGCAAUUGUCCAGGACUGAUAAUCGCCCUCGCGAAGGUCCACCACUUGCGGAGGAUCCCUCGCACGCGGGUGCUAUCGACGCGCUGACGUGGUUGACGCCUAUGUUCGGUGUCACGGAACCGUGGAGAGCGGGACUCGGCAUGAAACGUAAAAAAACGAAAAAGUUUGCGUUUUCGCUCGGUAUGAUGGUGGAAAUGGAGGACGUGACUAUCGGUUUUGGGUCGUCAGUGUUGCCGGCAACCAGCGAAGUAGCAGAGGCUGAAGACGAAGAUAGACGAAACGCGGCGAUAGCGGCUGCGUCCUUGGGCAGUAAAAAAUACGACGACGACGGUGAACUCUACGUCCAGCUUCAAACGAAAGUCUGCAUAUCAUCCAUUGGCCAGGCAGAAUCUACCAGACGCUAUGUUGCCGCCGUUCGAAGAAAUUGUUCCUUGUUUACCUCGUGCUGCUAUUCCCUCCAAGACUUGGACGCUUUGAAUUCAAUCGUUGUCAUGUUGACUUCAAACAAAGACGCGCGUUCUAAGAAAAAGACGGAUUACUUAUUUAGAUCUUUAGAGGAUUUGCGCGAAGCGACUUUAGGACGCUCUAUUCGCGCCGUCGCAUCCGUGAUUGCAUUCAACGGCGGCAACGAUGACGACGACGAGACGAAAUUGGACGACGAAGAUACGGUGUCGUAUUUUCUCGAAAGAGCGUUUGAGCUGUACAUCGAAUACGGCAUUCCGAGUAAAUACAGUUCAAAGCCGUGGAACGAAACGAUUUUACCGUACAUGCGAGCGACGUACGAGGAAGAGCACAUGACUGCUGACGCGAGCAUGACGCGUCUCCUUGCUCCGUCGUACGAAGCCGCCUUCCACGGCGCGGUGCAAAACAUCCCAUUGGAUUAUGCGGCGCAAAUAACCCCGGAACAAUUAACGUCCUCCGAAACUUGCUCUCAAAUGAUACCGGUUCCUUUACAAGAAAAGAGUUUUGAAGAGUACGCGAUGUUAUUCGUGAAUCAAGUCGUCAAUCACGAGGACAUCUCGGGCUUGUUGAUUAUUUACAUGCAACUGCAGCAAAAGUUGUCGCCGAAUGCCCGAUGGGAGUAUAUGGUUCGCGACGAAAGCGUGGAACCGCCUCUGGGUUCUGCGCCAAUCAUGCGCGCGGCGACGGACAAAGAAAUGCACUCGUCGUUAUCUUUGAAAGAGUCCGUGAGAGAUUCUUUGGGUCAGUUGUGCGUCCAAAAGCUCCUGGACCACAUGGAGCGCAAGCGCAAAACCACCGCAGCGGCGUUGAAGAAGAACAAAAAGUCCUCCUCCUCCUCCGCUGCCGGCGGUAAAAAUAAAAUCUUGAAUGGCAUCGAGCUUCUCAUCGAAGACUCCUACGAAGCCGAAGGUGGUUUAUCGGACAGCGCCAAAGCUGUUGGUGAUUUAGACUACUGCCUCUACGCGGCCAUUACUUUGUACGACGAAAUCAAAUACGAAGCCAAAUGUUUGAAAGCUCGUUACGAACGCGAAGUAGACACGUACGCGAUAUUGAUGGCAAACCCAGACUCCUCCACGUACAAACAAGCCGUCCACGGGGAAAAAGAACAAGACUUACGACGCGCCUGCGACGAAGCGAUGCUCGAGAUAAAAAAGGCAAACACGCAAGAAAACAUGGAAGCGUUUUGGUUGUCGAAGAAGAUUCUCGCGGAAUGGCAGGAUGAAAAUCGACGACUCACUGCCGAAUCUUCCGGAGAAGUGCAAGAAGCUCGCGCAAAAAUAGAAUUUAAAGCGAGAGUAGACGCGGAAAACCUCCUCAACCGAUCGGAACCGGCGAAAAUCCUCGUCAAAGUCGUCAACGCCCUCUUGACCGGCGUCCCGGUCGACGGUUCGCAAACUGCUCCAACACCUUCAAAUCUCGUCACAGACACCGAUGCCGCCUACCAAUGGGCCAUGGACGCGUGCUGUCCAGUCGACGUCAAAGGUCGACGCAACGAAGCGCGAAGAAAGAAAACCCAAAAGUCUUCCCGCUCGCUUCGCGAAGUCCAGUUCCGCGCGUUAAAAUCGAAAGAACUCAAGGAACAAAAAGCUAAAGAAAUUGCAAACAUGAAGAAAAAAGACGACGAAAAUAAGAAAAACUUGGAAAGUUUGGUCCAACAGGCGUCCUCGCCGGCUGGGAAAGUCGUCCGCGCGGACGCGCCGGACGACCAUCGGUACGAAGAGAACGAAGAUUUUUAG